UGAACUUGUUUAAAAUGAAGUUACUAUCAUUAUUGUUCUCUCUCUUCUACUUCUUACACUCCUAUUCUUAUUAUUCUGCAAAUAUUAACUUUAAAUACUUCAUGUUGGCCGAAACAUGGCCAAAAUCCUUCUGCAAACAAAAGCAGUGUAUCCCAAAUGUACCAUUACAGUUUUCUGUGCAUGGCCUCUGGCCUAAGAACAACACCCCUCCUCACACAUAUAAAUGCACAACAGAUACAAAUAUGGUUGACCUAAACAAUGCUAAGCUUAAAAAAGUGUGGCCGUCUUUAACCGGAAACAACAAGGGAUUUUGGGACCACGAGUGGAACCAGCAUGGCACUUGCUCCACCAUGUUAUCGGUUGAUUACUUUAAUCACGCUAUAAUUCUCUAUGAGAAAAAUAAUAUCAAAGACAUUCUAAAGAUGCCUCUAAACCCAGGUGGAGCGGCGGCUCUCAUACCGGGUGGAACUGCGAAAUCAGCUGAUAUUCAGAAGCAUAUAAAGGUUAUUAUCGGAUUUGAACCACAACUUCAUUGUGAAAAGGGUUCUGCAGAUUUGAUGGAAGUUAGAUUGUGCUUUAAUACUGAUCUAGUAAACCCCUCCUAUAUGAAUUGUCCUUCUCAUUUAGUUUGUCCACCUGACAUAAAUUUACCAUUAUAAGUAAAAAAAUACUAUUAAUAAUGAAUAAAAUAAUACUUAUGGCUUUUGACAAGCAAAUUGUUAUGAUGAAUUGUGUGUUUAGGCUAUUUGCUUGGACAAACAAUUAUUAUAAUUUAGAUGAAAAAGGUUAAGGUGUGAUUUUAUUAUAAGGUAUUACUUUCAAAGUUAUGACUUGUAACGAUGAAUUGUGUGUUU